AUGCCAGAGAUAAUGAGGCACGGCUAUCUCAUCCAGGCAGCGAUAAUGAAUAUAUCCUUACAGGAUAUAGGUAAAAGCGCCUCCACCGGACACGAAUGUGGCCUGCUAAUUAACGAUAGGAACGCGUCCUACUCGUAUAUCAGCUCCUUGAGAAGUGUUUUCAGAUUACACAACGAGACUGGCAAGUACCCUCCCGUCCAGUUAAGAUACGCCUUGCAGUUCUUCAAUAGGCUUAUACCGUGUCUAGUCAAUAUAUGGUCGCAUCUUUUCGGGACGGCCUAUUUCCUGGUCGGUAUCGUCCGCUUCGAUCAACGUUAUUCGCACAACUCCGAAAGUGCGCAAAGUCCAUCCACAUACUCCUGCGACAAGGGCAUAGUGUCACUCUAUUGCGCUUCGGUUGCAGUUUGUUUCGCACUGUCUGCUAUUUUCCAUACAUUGUCAGAUCAAAGCUAUGCGUUGCACAUUUUCAGCAACAAGCUAGAUCACUUGGGCAUAGUUGUCGUCAUGUGGGGCACGGGCGUGUCCAACAUGUAUUUUGCCCUUCGGUGCGAGUCUCCGUAUGUCAAGUCUCUAUACGUUGUGACCUUGACUCUUGCGGCAACUUUGUGUGCGAUGGUGACGCUACGAUCGCGUUUUCGGCUCCCAAAAUAUCGUACGGACAGGCUCUACCUCUACUCCUUCUUAGGUGCCGUCUUGUUCCUUCCACCUAUGUGGCACGCCUGGAAAAGCUUAGGAGCUCUCCAUGCGCUGAACAAGGCAAUGGGCCUGCAGUCCUUUAUUGGAUUGGCGUCUAUCAAUUCGCUUGGGGGAGUGUUGUAUGCCACCAGAGUCCCUGAAAGGUGGUUCCCGGGAGCCCUGGACCUCGCCGGACAUAGCCACAACUGGAUGCAUGUUUUGACAGUUGUAGGCGCCAUGAUUAGACUGCAAGGACUGCUCUAUGUGUAUGAGGACUCGUUCAAGAUAAAAGUAUGCAACUGA